AUGACCCGAGCAAGCGCCUCUGGGUCAGGCCACGAGGCCUCAACAGUCUUCCUAUUUGGCCCGCAUGUCGGUACAUUCACAAAGGCAUCCAUGGACAAGCUCGUUCGUCCACUCUCACAAUCGCCACAACGCGACUGGAUUUUGCGCACAAUCGCCGACCUACCAACAUACUGGGAUGCCUUGGCAGCCAAGAUGCCUGAUAUAGCCCGCGAUAUCGACGGGCCGACCUCCUUGUCUGAACUGGACAGAUGGCUUCGGCACAGCCUCGACACGGCCGGGCUCUCGGUUUCUGACGACGAGUCUCUGCCGAGCAUCUUGGUUGGCCCGUUAGUGGUGUUAAUCCAGCUGACGCAGUACUGGCGGCAUCUGGAGAUGAUCAGGGACGGCAGUGCCCCAGCCGUAGAUCUGCAGGCGGAGCUGGUGCAGCAGACACAGUCCGGCAGCAGGCCGACGGUCAUCCUGGGCUUCUGCGCUGGCCUGCUCGCUGCGCUUUCAGUGGCUAGCGCCAGAAACCAGGCCGGGUUCGAGGAAUACGGAGCCGUCGCCGUCCGGCUGGCGAUGCUCAUCGGCGCUCUCAUCGACGCGCAAGAAGUAUGGGACAAGGCAUCCGGCAAGGGCAGUUCAGCGUCCUACGCCGUCGCCUGGCGCGGCCAGAAACAGGAGGACGAGAUGAACCGAAUCAUUGGGGAUCUGUCAAACGACGCGUAUGUUGCUGUCCGGUAUGACCAGGCGCGGGCAACGGUGACGGCCUCAGAGACAAUUGCGCCACUGCUCAUGAAGCGCCUCAGAGCUGCAGGAGUCACGGUGGCCGAGGUUGGAAUCAAGGGCCAGAUCCAUAGCCCCAAUGCUGAUCGGAAACAACAUACGAAUGCCCUGGUGGAGCUGUGCGCCUCUCUGCCUGGGCUGCAGUAUGCAGAGGUGUCGAAGCUCGCUCUGCAGACUUACGACAACCAGGGAUCGGGCAUUCCGGUUUCUGGCUCAGGGAACAUGACUGAGAUGGUGGUGCGGUCGAUCCUGGUGCAGCAAUGCCGGUGGUUUGACACCUUCUCGGCCGUGGCGGAUGCCCUCCCAGACCCUUACGUGGUCACCUUUGGCCUGGAGAGAUGUGUCCCUCCAACUCUGAUGAGAACUCUCGGAGGAAGACAGGUCUUUUACGAAGACCUUCCCAAAGACCCUGAGAAGCCUUCAUUCUGGCUUACACCGCAAUCAUCACCUCCCCCACAACCCCAGCUUCAACCGGUCCUGCAACUGCAGCAGCAGCAGACCACCCGCGUCGAGCCAGUCAUGCCCGUCUCGCCCCAGUCUGAGCCCAUCGCCAUCGUCGGCAUGUCCGUCAAGACCGCCGGAGCCGACGAUCUAGAUGAGUUCGUCGCCAUGCUCAAGACGGGCCAGUCGCAGCAUAUCCCCAUCACCCGGGACAGACUCAUGCACGACAUGCUCUUCCGCGAGAACGCAGAUGCCGACCCGAAGCGCAAAUUCUACGGGUGCUUCUUCCGCGACGGCGAUGCCUUUGACCACAAAUUCUUCAAGCGCUCGCCGCGGGAGUCGGCAGCGAUGGAUCCGCAGAGUCGCAUCGUCCUGCAGGCUGCGUAUCAGGCUGUUGAGCAGUCUGGGUACUUUGUCGAAGACCAUAACGGGUAUACCCCGGACGGGCGUGACAAGAUGCAUGUUGGUGUCUACUUGGGUUCAUGCGGUGUCGACUACGAGCAUAACAUCUCGUGCUACGACCCGAACGCGUUCACGGCGACUGGUGCACUCAAGAGUUUCAUUACCGGCCGAGUCAGCCACCAUUUCGGGUGGACGGGCCCCUGUAUGACCUUUGAUACGGCGUGUUCCUCCUCGGCGGUGGCUAUCCAUACAGCCUGCAGGAACCUGCUCUCUGGAGAGUGCACGGCUGCGCUUGCAGGCGGGUCCAAUACGGUCACAAACAUGAACUGGUUCCAGAACCUCGCGGCGGGCAGCUUUGUGUCUCCUACUGGCCAGUGCAAGCCCUUUGACGACGAUGCUGAUGGAUACUGCCGCGCUGAGGGCGCUGCAUUCGUCUACCUCAAGCGUCUGUCUGAUGCCCUCCGCGAUGGGAACCAGGUUAUUGCAACCAUUGCCGCGAGCGCCGUGUACCAAAACGAGAACUGCACGCCCCUGUUCGUCCCGAACUCGCCGUCCCUGUCGCACCUGUUCAAGGACGUCAUGCGCCAGGCCAAGGUCACUGCUAACGACGUCUCGCUGGUCGAGGCCCACGGCACCGGAACGCCCGUCGGCGAUCCUGCAGAGUACGAGAGCAUCCUUGCUGCACUGGGUGGACCAAGCCGCAAGAAGAAGCUGCCAAUUGGGUCUGUCAAAGGCCAUAUUGGGCAUACAGAGGGCGCGUCCGGGGCGAUUGCGCUCGUCAAGAUAAUCAUGAUGAUGCGCGAGGGGUUCAUCCCCCCGCAAGCGAGUUUCAAGACGAUGAACAAGAAGAUCCCCGUCAAGGCGGACGACAAUAUCGAGGUUGUGACAAGACUACGGGCCUGGGAGGAGGAGAGGAAGACGGCCUUGCUGAACAACUACGGCGCUUGCGGGUCGAAUGCAAGCAUGAUCGUCACCCAGCCCGAUCUCCGAGGCCCUCACUCGAGAAGCCACGCUGUUGCAGGAGCACGCUACCCCUUUUGGAUUCCUGGGCUCGAUACUCGAGCAAUAACGGCGUAUUGUGCCAAACUCGGGCCCUGGUUGCGCUCGCGCGCCGAAGAGCCGACCCUGGCGGACAUCUCCUUCAACCUCAGUCGCCAAUCCAACCGCGGUCUGCCUCAGGGAUUCAUCUUCAAUGCCCGCUCGCUGGCCGAACUCCACGAGAAGAUCGAACAGGCCGUUGCCGCGGCUCCGAGCAGCAAGGAUGCCGCCGCGAGUGUGGGCAUUGCCCCCGUCAAGGCCGAACGACCCGUCAUCCUCUGCUUCGGCGGCCAGAUCUCGCGCUUUGUCGGGCUGGAUCGGGGCCUCUUUGACGCAGUUGCCCUCUUUCGCAAGCAUCUAGAUGCGGUGGAUACUGUUGUUAAGGCGCAGGGGCUGGUCAGUAUCUACGCCGCGCCCGAUAUAUUCAGCCGCGAGCCCAUUGAAGAUACCGUUAAGCUUCAGACGAUGCUCUUUGCGAUGCAGUACGCCUGCGCUCAGACCUGGAUAGACUGCGGCCUCAACGGCAAGGUCCAGGCCCUAGUGGGCCACAGCUUUGGAGAGAUCACGGCCCUAUGCGUUGCCGGGACCCUGAGCCUGGAUGAGACCGUCCGUUUGGUUGCGGCGCGUGCGAAGCUCGUCCGGGACAGCUGGGGCGCUGACCGGGGCGCCAUGAUGGCUCUGGAAGGCGAUGAGGGACUAGUCCACCAGCUACUGUCCGAGGCCAACGGAGCUUCAGGGUCUGAUGGCUCUGCGAGUAUCGCCUGCUAUAAUGGCCCGCGCAGCUUCACGAUUGCUGGGUCCACCAGUGCUGUCGAUCAGGUCCAGCAGACGAUCUCGCGGCCCGAAUUCGGCUCGAUCAAGGGCAAGCGUCUCAAUGUCACGAACGCCUUCCACUCCUCGCUCGUUGACAAGAUCAGUGACGGGCUGGACUCUAUCGGCAAGACGCUGACCUUCAACAGCCCCCUCAUCCCCGUCGAGCGAGCCACUGAGGUGGCCUCUGCCAGAGCGACAGAUGCCUCCUUCGUCUCGCAGCACAUGCGCCAACCCGUCUUCUUCAACCACGCAGUGCAGCGUCUCGCAAAGAGACACCCGCAGGCGAUCUUCCUCGAAGCCGGCUCUAGCUCGACCAUCACCGUCAUGGCCGGCCGGGCCAUUGCUCAGGGCCAGGCGUCGUCAGAGAGCCACUACUUCCAGGCUGUCAGCAUCACCAACGAGACAGCCCUAGACUCUCUCGCCGAUACCACAACCGCGCUCUGGAAGCAGGGUCUCCGCGUUACCUUCUGGGCGCAUGAUGCUGUCCAGACCGCUGAGUAUGCCCACCUCCUCCUACCCCCAUACCAGUUCGAUACUUCUUCCCGCCACUGGCUCCCGAUGAAGUCCCCCGUUGAGAAAGUUAAGGAAGCCGCUCUCGCCUUGAUCGCUGCCAACGGCGGCUCCCUCGCUGGGGCAGGGCUGCAGGGUCAGCAGGCCGGCACGCCGCAGGACCCCCGGACGCUGCCGGUGUGGGAGUUCGUCGGCUAUCAAGACGACGAGACAAGGCAGGCCCGAUUCCGGGUUAAUACCUCCGCGGACAAGUACAACCGCUACGUGCUCAGUCACGUCAUCGCACAGACUGCGCCCAUUUGCCCGGGGACGCUCGAGUGCGACAUCGUUAUCGAGGCCCUCUUCAGUCUCGAGCCAGGGUGGAGGCAAGAUGGGGUGCAGCCCGUUGUCCGAGAGAUGAUCAACCACAGCCCUAUCUGCAAGGAUCCCAGCCGGGUCGUAUACCUCGAUUUGACGGCGACAAACAAGAGACGGACAAACUGGACGGUCAGGAUCUUCAGCCUUGAUGAUGACGCGACCAAGAAAACACCAGAAAUUCACGCCGAAGCCACGGUCGAAAUGCGCUCCUCUUCUGACCAAGCGCACGUCCGCGAGUUCGCCAACUUUGAGCGGCUCGUCUCACACAAGCAAUGCACCGAUCUUCUCCGUCUAAGCCUCGAUCAGGACACCGACGAAGGUGUCGAGGUCCUGCAGGGCCGCAAUGUCUACCGUGCAUUCAGCUCGAUCGUCGACUACGGCGAGGUCUACCGCGGGGUCAAGUAUGUCGUCGGCAAGGGAACUGAGUGCGCAGGCCGUGUGCAACUCCCCAGAUCCAGUCGCGGGGAUACAUGGCUCGAUGUCCCGCUCAGCGACAGUUUCAGCCAGGUCGGCGGUGUCUGGGUAAACUUGAUGACGGACCUGCCGAGCAGCGACAUGUUCAUCGCGACGGGCUGCGAGCUGAGCAUGCGCUCGCCUAGAGCACCGCCGAGAGAGGAUGCGGACGUCUGGCAUGUUUAUGCCCGCCAUUCAAGACAAGGCGACAAAGCGAUCAUGACGGACCUGUUUGUAUUUGAUGCGGUAAGCGGCCAGCUCGUGGAGAUCAUGCUGGGCGUGCAGUAUAUGCGUGUCGCAAAGGCGUCGAUGAGCAUGAUGCUCGCACGGAUGACCAAGGACGACUCGGUCCUGAGAACGAAAGCGCUGGUGCCAGGACCAACACCAGCGGCAGCCUUCCAGGCUGCUCUAAAGACUGCUCCUGAGGUAAGAGCUAGCUCUGAACCUGGGGCGAAGGUAAAGGCCAGCAAGACCUCGAAGAAAGAGAAGAAAGAGAAGAAGCCCGUUACGAAGGCCAAAUCCAAGUCCAGCAAGCCCUCUGGUUGGCGAGAUAUUACCGAGGAAGUGCGCAACCUUGUGGCUACAGUCUCUGGCAUUGAUGCCAGCGAGCUCGAGCUGGACGCCGAGAUGGCGGACUUUGGCAUCGAUAGUCUGAUGGGCAUGGAACUGGGCAAGGAGGUCGAGGCCGCGUUCAAGUGCACUCUCGACCAGAACGAGCAGAUGGAAGCAACCAGUUUACGCAAGUUCGUGCAGUGCGUCUCGAAUGCGCUCUUUGGUCCAAACGCAGGUCCUGCGGAGGCAGAAGAUGACGAAGACGAAGAGAAGAGCGACAACUCGUCCAGCGAGUCUGCCUCUGAGAGCGACGACGCCGGCUCCGAAAGCUCAGACACGGGCAUCCUCACGCCCACUGGCGAAGAGGAGCAGCCUUUGCCUCUCAAGGCAGUGGCCAUUCACAAGUCUGCUGGGCUCGCAGCGAUUGCACCUCCCGUCGAGUCUCGGCUUGCCCUAUCCUCUUCCGACAUUCUAGCCUCCUUUGGGCAGGUCAAGAUGCAGACCGACACCCUCAUGAAGGAGUACGGAGUCGACAAGACCGAGGGCGUCAUGCUCUCUGGAAGCAACAGACUCUGUACUGCCCUCGUCGUCGAGGCGAUGGAUGAACUCGGAUGCCCCCUUCGCACGGCAUCACCAGGCCAGCCCCUCGCCCGCGUCGCCUUCCUCCCUCAGCAUGGCCGCCUCAUGCAAUGGGUCUACGAAUUCCUUGAGCGUGACGCACGCCUUAUCAACAUCGACCCGGCCAGCGGCCAGAUUACACGCACGCACAUCACGGCCCCGCGCAAGACCAGCCAGGUGAUCCUGCAGGAAGUCCUGGCAUCAGACCCCGGGUUUGCAGUCCCCAACAGACUAGCCUACUACGCCGGGCAGCAGCUGGCGGGCGUCUUGAGCGGCUCGACGGACGGCAUCCGCGUGCUGUUUGGCAGCCCUGAGGGAAGAGAGCUGACCGCGGCCAUGUACUGCGAGCAUACCUUCAACUGCAUGAGUUACGCACAGAUGCGUGAAGUCACGAACCUCCUCGCUGAGCGGAUUGGCCGCACCGGAGAGACGCUCAAGGUUCUCGAGAUGGGCGCCGGCACAGGAGGCACCACGCUCAUCAUGGCGCCGUUCCUGGCGACCCUGGCUGAAUCGGGCGCCCUGCCCAUUGAAUACACUUUCACAGACAUUUCCCCCAGCAUGGUCGCCAACGCCCGUCGCCGGUUCAGCAAGCAAUACCCGUUUAUGCGUUUCGCCGUGCACGAUAUCGAGAAGCCCCCGGCCGACGAGCUCAGGAACCAGCAUCUGGUGCUCGCCAGCAAUGCCAUCCAUGCCACGCACAAUCUCGGGGUCUCGCUGUCCAACAUCCAUCAGGCACUCCGCCCCGAUGGGUUUUUGAUGAUGCUGGAAAUGACCGAGGUGGUCCCCUUUGUCGAUCUUGUUUUCGGCCUGCUCGAGGGGUGGUGGCUGUUCGAUGACGGGCGGCACCACGCCGUCGUACCGGCCGAGCACUGGGAGAGUGAGCUGCACAGGGCCGGGUUUGGCCACGUCGACUGGACAGACGGCAACCUGCCUGAAAAUACCUUCCAGAAAGUCAUUAUCGCGCUCGCGUCGGGGGCUCAGGGAGCCCGUCUGCCCAAGCCAGGGCCCGUGCAGACCCUCAUCCCCGAGUUGAACCGGGAGAAUGUUGAGGCGCGCACAGCGACAGCAGAGAGCCUAGUUGCAAAGUACACGGCUGGCUGGGAGACGCCCAAACUCCGUGCUUUAGCGAGCCGGGCCGAGAAGGAGUCUGGCAAAACACAGGCGCCGCACGCAGCACCAGGACGCAGAGCGCACGAGGCCGUCGUCAUCGUCACUGGUGCGACUGGCAGCCUAGGCUCACAUAUCGUUCAGAGACUCGCCGAGACACCGUCGGUUGCGACGGUGGUGUGCCUCAACCGUCGCAGCAGCAGCACCACCCCAGAGAAGCGCCAACAGGCAGCCCUAACAGCCCGCGGCAUCACCCUGUCCCCCGGCGCACGGGCAAAGCUCCGCGUUUUAGAGACAGACACUUCUAAGCCACAGCUGGGCCUCCCGCCGCUUGAGUACGGCUGGCUCCUCGAGAACGCGACGGAUAUCAUCCACAACGCCUGGCCCAUGAGCGGGACACGGCCAGUGUCCGCAUUCGAGCCCCAGCUACAGGCAAUGCGGAAUCUUCUUGAUCUUGCCCGUGACAUUGCAGAACGGCCCUUCAAUGGUUCCAGCCGCGUGGGCUUCCAAUUCAUCUCCUCCAUCGGCGUCGUCGGAUUCUGCGGGCAGUCCCGCGUGAGCGAGGACCGCGUCCCGCUAUCUGCAGCACUGCCGUCCGGAUAUGGCGAGGCGAAAUGGAUUUGUGAGCGCAUGGUUGAUGAGACCCUUCACCGGCAUCCCGGUCUCUUCCGGGCGAUGGUCGUGCGGCCCGGCCAGAUCUCGGGCUCGUCGACGAGCGGUUUCUGGAACCCGGUCGAGCACUUUGCUUUCUUAGUCAAGUCUUCGCAGUCGCUGCGUGCUUGGCCGGACCUGCAGGGCCAGAUGCAGUGGAUUCCUGUGGAUUACUGCGCUGCUGGUGUUGUGGACCUGCUCCAUCUCACCUCACGAGGCGACGAGGCAUACCCAGUGUACCAUAUGGACAAUCCUGUCGGUCAGAACUGGCAAGCCAUGAACCAUGUGCUUGCGUCAGCACUCGAUAUUCCCGCAUCGAAUAUCAUCCCAUUCAAGACGUGGAUCUCAAGGGUGCGGCGGUCUCCGCUGCCGAUGGAGACGGAGAAUCCGGCGGCGCGGCUGGUGGAUUUCCUCGACGACCAUUUCGAGCGCAUGAGCUGUGGCGGCCUGGUGCUUGACACAAGCAAGGCGAAGGAGCACUCGACCACUAUGGCGGGGGUUGGGCCUGUUGGCACGGAGCUUGCGAGGUUACAGUAUCAAGCGAGAUCGUCAUUACUGAUCAGUCUAGAGAAGCUGCAAUGUGUCUAUCACUCAGUGGCUAACUACAGUGUGCUGGUAACAAUGGGCCUUAGACGACGAUCCAGCAUAGCCACACCAUAUACCCCACAAAUUUAG